CCCCGUUCCUUAAACUUAUCAUUUCAUUUUUCGCCGCACACCACACUCCAUAUCUGCUUCAUUUCUCGCCCAAAUCACCGCUUCAUAGCCUCCUAUUUAAACCCUGAGCUAUAUUAAUUCUCUCCAUAUAAAUUUAAUUCGACUAAUUUUAGAUCGAAUUCAAAAACUGAAGGAUGGGUCAGAUCCAGUAUUCUGAGAAGUACUUUGAUGACACCAAUGAGUACAGGCAUGUUGUUCUUCCUCCAGAAGUUGCUAAGUUACUCCCCAAGAAUCGCCUUCUUUCGGAGAAUGAGUGGCGUGCAAUUGGUGUGCAGCAGAGCAGAGGUUGGGUUCAUUAUGCAAUUCAUCGGCCGGAGCCGCACAUCAUGCUCUUUAGGAGGCCAUUGAACUAUCAACAGCAGCAGGAUGCCGCGGCUCAGUAAGCUGUGAUGAUCAAGUGAAACUGAUGAACUUCUCAUCAGUAUUUAGUUGUCUAUCAUUUCAUAUCUUCUGAAAAUGAAAUAUUCGUCACAGGGAAAACUUAUUUUGUAGUCUAUAUUUUACGAUGAUAAUCGUUUUAGAUAAUCAUCACUGCUUGGUAAUCAACUGUUUGUUCCUCAAUUCUGAACUAAGUGGUAAUGCAUCAUUUGUUCGCUUGAACUUAGUGCACAUGGUUGUGCGAGGCCAAUGUACAUUUUUCUGUUUGUCCUUUUCAAUUGCUAAAGGUCUGUUAUAUCA